UAGACGACGAAAAUUUUGAGCGUUGUAUGCUGUGCAUAGUUAUUUUCCAAGUUUUUCUCGAGGUCCCCAAGCUCAUGCCCCCCGCAAGCCUCGCGGCCGCAAAUGGUGCCGCCCGUUCAAGGAAAACGUAACAGCUGCGGCGUGCAGUUCAUCUUCAAGGGCAAGUUCCAAGGUGGCUCCGGCUACCGACUCGUAUGCAACCAGUACAGGAGGGCAUGCGAUGCCGGUGUCUCCAUCAAGGAGGCGCAUGAAGGCUUGGUCAUCUAUUCUGGUCGCCCAGGCCACAGCCACGCCCCGAAGGCUUUGCUCUCGCACGACGACGACGACGACGACGACGACAACGACUGCUUUUAAUGUGUUUAGGUACGACAACCGAGCCGGAAAAUGCAGCAAGGAAGAGAGCAAGAACACAGUACGACGUCACCACGACCACGAAGGGCAUCGUCCGUAUUGGUGCCGUUGAAAUAACAGACAACGUUCUGGAAUCCCUCGUCGGUGACGAGCGCCUGAAGGAUGAGCCAUUAAACGCGUGGUUUGUACUUCUAAUGAAUUUCGCGUCGAUGCUUCAUGGUCCCUACGUCUUCCAUUUUGUGUCGUCCGCGCAGUGGUCGUUGUACGAGGCGUUUACAAAGAAAUCGAAGCACUACCUCGCAACCUGCACCUUUCCCACCAAGUGGUUUGACUUCGAGCUCGUCUUCAUCCCGUACAACAUACCCGAGUGUCAUUGGUUCCUGAUCGUCGUCGACUUGUCGGCCCGUGUCAUCACAUCAUACGACUCGUUCGGUUUCGGCCGGGGCGAAGCUUGGCUCCCUUUUCUCAUCAAGUUCAUCGCAAAUGAGGCAAGUCGCGCCAACGCAAGUACCGAGGGCUGGUUCGGAGACGAUCUUCAGAACAAGCUCGGGUGGCAGUGGCGUGUCAACCAUGUCCGAUUGCACCAGCGCAACAACUUUGACAGCGGUGUGUACACGGCUGCUGCCGCCGAGCUGCUUGUCCACAGUGACGACGAUCGUCUGCUUGCUUUGAGCGAUAGCGCGAUGCCAAGUUGGCGGCUUCGAAUGCUUGAUCGGUUGAAACAAGGCCACAAUGACAGUCAUAGCACU